GCGUCAAAUGAGUUCCCCCGGAAGUACAUCCUUGCACGUGUAGCUUGUUUUUGACAACCUUGAAAGGACUACAAAACAACAAACUGGCUGCUUUUGUCUCAUAAUAAACGGUAGCAGAGAUGCCAGUAACAAGACUCUUAUACCCUCUCUACCAGCUGGGAAACCCUCAGCUGAGGAUCUUCAGACCAAACUGGUUCCUGACUCUGGUGAGGCCAGGGAAAGAGCAGCCUCCUGACACAGUACAGUUUCGCAUCCCAAUGGAAAUGACCAAGUGUGACGUGAAGAACUACCUGGAGAAGAUUUAUAAUGUCCCAGUCGGAACAGUUCGCACCAGGAUACAGUUUGGCUCCAACAAGAAGAGGAAUUACCUUAACCAGAGGGUGAAGAAGCCUGACAGUAAAAUAGCCUACGUACAGCUGGCCCAGGACCAGACAUUCACCUUCCCUGACAUCUUCCCAGAUAAAGAGCAAAAACCGGACGAGGGCUCCAUGGAAGAGAUGCAGGAGAAGUUCAUGGAGGACGAGAAGCAAAAGCAGAAACUGGACCCCAGGAGAGGAGGGGUUACCGAGUGGUUCGGACUCUGAGACAACCCACUGACCAAGAACUCUACACUUGUAUGUAAGCAGCGGGUGUUUCAUUGGGAGAAACGUGUAUUGAUUUACAACGCGACUGUUGUGAUGUCAGUUCUAUUUCUGUGAGAAACACUCACACAUCUUGAAGUAAAGAAGAAUGAGCAUGUGUGUGGGAGACUGGAGACAUGUGUUUGGUGAGUGUGUGUUGAGUUUGCGAGGAUUCAAUCCAAAAACCCGAGCCAGAACAGAAUCACAGGAGGAGGAGAGUGGAUCGGUUCCAUUUUUUAUGAAACCAGCCCAGCGUACAGAAUCUCCAUCACCUCAGAUGACCUCCUCUCCAUCCUCCUCCCACUCUUCCUCUUCCACCUCCUCCUACUUUUACUCCUCUUCUUUGUCUCUCCUUGGUCCUCAGGAGUUUCCUGUCCUUUUACCAUCCCUUUUCCUCUUCCUCUCCCUCUCCUUCACUUCUCUUCCUCUGCCAUGCUGAAGAGUGGUAUACUGUGGUAUCUCUAGUUGCCCUGACUCUGCCAGCUGGAUCCGUCUACCUGGAUAACCCAUAUCCUUUCCUCUUUUAUGAGUUUGCCUUGGAUUAAUUGACCACUUUAGGUAAACAACAAUUGAGAUGUUGUGUCAGCAAAGCAGCGAUAUGGAAUUUGCUGGAGUGUUUUAUUAUUUCGUGGUAACACUUCUUGCCAUAACUCUGAGAGAUGUGUGUGUGCGUGUUUGCCUUUCAUGCAGUACUUGCCAGUGGAUCGGUCUUAAUUGUAAAUUCUGUUGGAGUAAAACUGAAUAAACUCUCACUUGUCCAAAAACG